UCCGUGGCAUGUCAGGGCAUUGGUGCUGAGCCUUUCCCAUCCCUUUCCAGAGAAAGUGCAUGAAGAGAUUGACCGCGUGGUCGGCCGAGCCAGGGCGCCGUGCAUAGCUGACCGCGGGCAGAUGCCUUACACAGACGCCGUCAUCCACGAAAUCCAGAGGUUCAUCUCUCUUGUCCCACUGAGUGUCCCCCACUCAGUGGCCAAAGACACCCCCUUCAGACAAUACGUCAUCCCAAAGGGCACCAUCAUCUUCCCUGUCCUGACCUCUGCGCUGUACGACAGCAAAGAAUUUCCAAACCCCACAGAAUUUGACCCACAGCAUUUCUUGAACAAAGACGGGACCUUCAGGAAGAGUAAACGGAUCUGCGCAGGGGAGGGCCUCGCCCGCAUGGAGCUUUUCCUCUUCUUGGUCACCAUCCUGCAGCACUUCAAACUGAAGCCCCUCCAGGACCCCAAGGACAUCGACAUCUCCCCUCUCCUGAGCAGCACCGGCAACCUCCCUCGGCCUUAUCGGCUCUGCGUUCUCCCUCGUUGA